UUUUGUCUUUAGGAAGAGAUGGCAGGUACUCUCAGCCAAGGACACAAACUUCUGGAGAACAUUAGAGAACCAGUGCACAGGGACCCAGACAGCAGUCUGAAUCCUGAUCAGCUGGAGAACCUUGCUACAGUGUACAGGCUAUUAUCCCAGAUAAAUGAGAGCUCUACAGCAUUUGAUGACUUCUGGCUCCAGCAUCAAAAUAAGCUGGAGUUGUGUUUGAAACUAUGCCAGUUUGCCUACAACUUUCAACAGGUGCAAACAGAUUUGGAACAUGCAACAGACACACUAAAUGCUUUAUCAGAUGUUGGAAUAAGCUCCGCCCAAACAGAACACAUUCUUGAAGAGCUGACCAAUCAUGAAGAGAAGGCCUUUGAUGUGUUAGACAGAGUAAGGUCCCUGGUAGCUGAGGGACAAGGUUUGAUUGACAGCUUUCAAUAUGUUGAUGACAGUGUUGCAAUAAAUUGCAGUGCACUUCAGAAAAUUGGAGAGAAACUUGCCCAAGGGCUGAAAGACAAGAGCACCAUGCUAACACAAGCUAUGGAGCUACAUAGAAGAUUGGACAUGGUGUGUAAAUGUUGUGAUGAUGGGAUUUACAUGCUCGCAUCACAGCCUCUUGACAAGUGCCAGUCACAAGAAGGGGCAGAGUCAGCACUGUCAGAACUGGAGUGUUACCUGGAGACAGCAAAUGAGAAACAGCAAUGGAACAUCAGCACAGUUUGGCUGGAAUAUGAGAGUAUUCUAAACAAUGAGCUCAAGGAGCAGGUGAAGCGUGUGUUUGAGAAGAAAGCAUCGCUAGAGGAGAUGUUUGAAAGGAGGAGGGUUAGCCUGAAGAAAUUAGCAGCAAAGCAAACACGCCCAGUCCAACCUGUUGCCCCCCGACCAGAGUCGCUCUCAUCUCCAGCUCACAGAGAUCAAGAGAACAGCUUUACCAGUGAGGACUCUCUGGAAAGAAGAGUGUCCUGUAAACAAGUAAGCUCUGAUACGAUUGACAGGAGUAGUCGCAGUGCCUCAGUAUCUGAGGAGGAGGAGACCCUGGCUGUACUCCGCAGGCAUGUAAUAAAUGAGUUAGUGGAAACAGAGAGAGCAUAUGUGGAAGAGCUAAUGUGUGUUUUACAGGGAUAUGCUGCGGAAAUGGACAACCCCUCCAUGUCUCCUCUCAUCCCAGCAGCCCUGCAAAACAAGAAGGAUGUGUUAUUUGGGAAUAUGCUGGAGAUUUAUAAUUUCCACCAAAGGAUAUUCCUCAAAGAACUGGAGAAUUACACUGACUGUCCUGAGCUUGUUGGCUGCUGCUUUCUGGACUGGAUGGGUGAGUUGCAGAUUUAUGAGAAAUACUGUCACAACAAGCCUCGCUCUGAGAGCCUUUGGAGGCAGUGCUUGGAUUGUCCCUUCUUCCAGGAGUGCCAGAAGAAACUUGAGCACAAACUGGGGCUGGACUCGUACUUACUGAAACCUGUGCAGAGGAUCACUAAAUACCAGCUCCUGCUGAAGGAGAUGAUUAAAUACAGUAAAGGCUGUGAGGGGUCAUUGGAGCUGCAGGCAGCUCUUUCCUCCAUACUGGGCAUCCUGAAGGCUGUUAAUGACUCAAUGCACCUCAUCGCCAUCACUGGAUAUGAGGGUAACCUUGGAGACCUUGGUCGCCUGCUUAUGCAGGGGUCGUUCAGUGUAUGGGCGGAGCAUAAGAGAGGUCACGUGAAGGUGAUGGAGCUUGCAAGGUUUAAGCCCAUGCAGAGACACCUUUUCCUGCAUGAGAAAGCUCUGCUCUUCUGCAAGAGACGAGAAGAGAGUGGGGAGGGAUACGAGAAAGCCCCUUCCUAUAGCUUCAAACAGGAGCUCAGCAUGAGUGCUAUUGGAAUAACAGAGCAUGCUAAAGGGGACAGCAAGAAGUUUGAGAUUUGUUCCAGUUCAAGGGAUGAGGUAUACACCAUACAGGCCUUGUCUGAGGACGUUAAGACCAUCUGGGUUACAGAAAUCCGGAAACUUUUAACAGGACAGCUGGAGGCCUGCAAAGAAGCAAGUCAGCCGAAGCCUCCUGAUCAGUUCUCAAAUACUAGUUCAAUUAACAGACUGGUGAGAAAUGAUAGUAAUAUUAGGAGUGGAGGAGUGGAAAAACAAAAGACUGAGGAAGAAAGAGGCAAAGAUCUUGAGAACAUCCCAGAACCCAGAAUGACAGAAAGAACAAAAGGUUCAUCUUGCAGCUCUGAGACAAAACCAAAACGACAUGAUAUCUGGAGUGACCCGACACCUCUAGGUUGGACUAAAGGAUCUCUCUCCCUGGGUGCCUCUGUGGAGCAUGACGGAUACUUCAGUGCAGAGGAGCAUGUGACCUCGGACCCCGAGGAGGAGAGGGAAGAGAAGCUGUGUGAAGAUGAACCACAGUCUGUGAGGAUAUUAGAGGAGAUCCAGUGUUCUGAAGAGAAUGAGAAUUCCAAGAAAUGAGAGUUCAGUGUUUGUAAAAGAGGAUAUGCAGUCAAUGUACAGCAUAUACAGUGGCCGCAAAAGGUAUUUAGACAUGCUUAAUCCACUGACAAAAAUGUAUGAAUUUCAUUGCAUUAGAUAAAAAAAUUUAACAAGUGGCAUUUAUUUUGAAUAAAGAUAACACAAGCACAUUUUCUUGCAAUUUUCACAAAAAUAAGUUUAAGAGAUUUUAAAUUAUAAAACAAUACUGUUCAAAAUUAACACAAAAAGUAUUUUGACACUUUCUGGUAGUCAAACGUUAGUGGAACAUGCAUUUUUGAUUUGGUGUGGAAGGCUCCUGGGCAGUUAUUUUCUGUGGAUACAAACGGCAUAAAAAUACAGCUCCCAUCUACUUUAAUGAGGAAAGACUAAAAUAUCCAAAAAGGUUGGUCAAGAUUACAAUCAAUAAACAUAUUUAAAAUAAGCAGUAAAUUCUGACAAAAAUGAAAUCAUACAUUGUGCUUCUUUAUAUCCCAGCUGGUUUAGCUAAUGCACAUGUGCAUUCUGGAGUUGAUUGACAGGUAAUAUCUGUAUCUAAAAAGUGAUUGGCUCUUUUACCUGAAAGGCUGGACUUUUUCAACAUAAUGGGUGUUUCAAUUUCUGCUAUUCAAUUUAACACAAGUGCUCCGUCUGUGGGCAAAUAGUCUCUGAAACUGAAACCUAUAGUGUAACAUUAAGAACUUUUUACUCUUUGUAUACAGAGAAAAAAUACUAUUGAAAGAAGAGCAUUCUUUGCUGAAGGUAUAGAUAUAGUAAAAAGGACUUAAAUAUUGAUCUGUUUCUCACCCACACUUAUCCUAUCAAUUCUGAAGACUUUGAUUUAACCACUGGAGUCAUAUGGAUCUUCAAAGUACUGGGCACCAUUCCCUUUCAUUGUAUGAACCUACAGAGCUGAGAUUCUUCUAAAAAUCUUCUUUUGUGUUUAGCGGAAGAAAGAAAGUCGUACAUAUGGAAUGGAAUGAGGGUGAGUAAAUGAUGAGAGAAUUUUCAUUUUUGGGUGAACUAUCCCUUUAAAGCACCAAAAUAAUUUCAAUGGAAAUUCCGUGUCAGCACUUUACUCACUGUCUCAUAAUAAGCUGUGAUAGGUGUCUCAAAUACCUAAAACUUAUAACACGUUAAUUAUAUUUGCCACAGUGAUGGUGUCCAUACUGGGAUAUGGCAUGUCUAUUGUCAAGUCCUGUGAUUUCAUUUGUGAAUGCAAGUAAACAGUUGUUAUAUCAGUGUGUACAAUGCAGGAAACUUGGACCUACAUGUUAAACAAGCAUAUUGUAUAUGCAGAUGUUGUUUGUCAAAGUGACUGUGAUCACCCUGUGGUGUUUUUAUGUAGAAUUGUACCAGUGGAUUUUAUUUUAUAUGUGCAUAAAAAAAUAAAACCAUA